AUGGCGCCACCAAUCGCACCCGCGGCACAAAACCAAAUCCGCCAAGUCAACGUCCGCCAGGUCGCGACAGUCACCGUCUGGGGUCCCAUCCCGACUGACCUCCCUGACCCCACGGUUCAGGUCCUGCAAGAGACUCAGACAAUCUACAUCGCUCCCACCACCACCAACACCGAGGCAGUGGUUGUUGCUGGUGGGGGCGGUGGUUUGAACGGAGGCGAGAUCGCCGGCAUCGUCAUCGGAACUCUCGUCGCGGUUAUUCUCAUUAUUUGGCUCAUCAAGUAUCUGUCCCAGAGGAACAGGCAGCCGAGCUAUUACCAUGAGGAGAAAGUGAGGAGCGGGAGUAGGCACGGUCAUCAUCAUCACCACCACCAUCAUGGACGUGGCAGGUCGAGGAGCAGCCGGAGCAGGAGCCGGAGUAUUGAGGUUAGGGAAGUGAGUCGCCCUGCGAGGGUGUACAGCACCAGGUCCAGGUCCAGGUCCAGGUAUUAG